AUGACCCAUGCCUUGGAGGAAGCUUACCAAACCUGGCUUUCUGAGGAAGGAGGUGGGGCCAUUUUGCCAGAAAACAUGCAAUACUUGGCAGAGUUUGUCAAGGACGACCAUCCAGCACAGCGCAUUUGCCGCCUGAGUCGUGAGCUCCAGGCUCCUGUAAAGGCUGUACCAAGUGUCCACCUAGAGCUGAAGAAAUUCGAAGAGCAGGUGCGAACGCUGGAAGCGCAACUGGCAGAUGCGCGGCAGGCCACAGCGGCCACAGCGGCCACCUCAGAGCUGCAGCCGCUGCUGGAGACUCUGCGGGAGACUUUGUGGCUAGGGAGGUUGGUGCAGUGGCACCCAGACGACGGCGCCUCCCUCCUCGGCCGCGUGGUCUGCGUCGGUGCCGAGAACCACCACGUGGCCGUGGCCUUCGCAGAAGUGGAGGAGGCUGUGUGGCUUCCGGAGGAAGCCCUGCAAGCGGAUCAUGAAGCUGAGCUGAUGAGCCGAGCAGGGAGCAAGGUCUACUGGCAAGGUGAUCAGACUGUGGAGAAAGCAGUGGUGCUAAGCGACGCUGAUCAUCCUGCUAUGGUGCUGUUGCGGACAGAAAGUGGCUACACCACCAAUGCUGCCAUCCAGGACCUCGCCCCGCGAAGCGAAAGGCCUGGACCUGAUAUGGGCGAUGUGCUGCGCGACCAGAAUGGCUGGGGUAUGGUGGUUCAAAGUGACCACCUGUGCAUUUGCAUCCAACCCUUCGACCGAUCACAGGCCAGCGUGCAGAUGUCGCUCAAGGAAAUGGAAGAAGCACUGACCACAGGCGAAGUGGAAGUUUCAGCCUUGCAACCUGGCGCAUGCGUGAAGCACAUCGCAAGCCAGCAGGUGGGGAUCCUCCAGGCACGGCACGAAGAUGCGGCCAGCGUGGACUUCCUUGGCAAAGUCGCUUGGCAGGGCUCCAUUGGAUGCCUUGCUGCAGCUCCGGAGGAGCCUGACCUGGGAUUCCACGUUGAGACUUUGGGCUCAGAUCUGCCAGUUGCUACCGAGACACCGCCUCACCAAAAGUGCUGCAGCUUUACUCGUAGCAGUGGAGUGGAUACCCGGUGCAACAACUUCAUGACCUGUCCGGGGAUGGAACAUGGGUUGCAGAUGGUUGCAGCACCCUUGGCUCGAGGGUGGCACCUAGCAGUGGAGUCCGGUGAGGAUGUUGCCAGCGAUCUCCUCAGUGAGGGUCGACGGGACAUGAUUGUUCUUGUGGUGGUGGUGGUAGCGAUGUUAACAACUUUCGUCCUGGGACCACUUAGUGCCCAAGUGCUAGCUGCGGUAAAUCCUUUUAUUGGCAUGGUGCUGCCUUUUGCUUGCAUGUUAUGCGCAGCAGGAUGUCUUUGCACCUCCCUGUGCGCAAGUGAAAAGAAGCAGCGUGACGCAGACUAUGAAGAACCGGAGAGGCCGAUGCCCCAGGAGGAUGUCAGCGCAGCGGAGUUUUCCGCACCGGUGCCGCAUCCGGUGGGAGCCACCGCCCCACGGUGGCAAGUGAAAGCAGGGCCAGGAGGUGGAUGGAUAGACUUUGACCUUGAUGUUUCCCUUGAAAUUGAUGAUGCCCAAGCCAGAGGCGAGGAGGCUUUCCAAGUCACAGUUCGAGGCCAAGCCUAUGAGAUCAACCUGGUGGAAAUGCACCAAAAGAACCUCAGCACCGGCAGGAAGCGGUCGAUUCGUCACACGGGUCACUACGUUUGA